GAGUUAAAGAAAAAUGGGAAGAGGUAGGGUUGAGCUGAAGAGAAUAGAGAACAAGAUCAACAGGCAAGUGACCUUUGCAAAGAGAAGGAAUGGACUUUUGAAGAAAGCUUAUGAGCUUUCAGUUCUUUGUGAUGCUGAGGUUGCUCUCAUCAUCUUCUCUAAUAGAGGAAAAUUGUACGAAUUUUGCAGUAGUGCAAGCAUGCUCAAAACACUUGAGAGGUACCAAAAGUGUAACUAUGGAGCACCAGAACCAAAUGUGUCCGCAAGAGAGGCCCUGGAGAUAAGUAGCCAGCAGGAAUAUCUGAAGCUCAAAGCACGUUAUGAAGCCUUGCAGAGAUCCCAAAGGAACCUCCUUGGAGAAGAACUUGGCCCUUUAAGCAGCAAAGAGCUUGAGUCGCUUGAAAGGCAGCUUGACAUGUCUUUGAAACAGAUCAGAUCAACGCGGACUCAAUACAUGCUGGAUCAGCUCAUGGAUCUACAACAUAAGGAACAGGUGCUCAGCGAAACAAAUAAAACCCUGAAACAAAGGUUGAUGGAAGGAUACCAAGUAAGCUCAGUGCUCCAGUUGAAUCCAAGUGCAGAAGAAAUGGGAUAUGGCCGCCAACCCGUUCAACCUCAUGGGGAUACCUUCUUCCAUCCCCUGGAGUGCGAGCCCACAUUGCAAAUCGGAUCAUAUCAACAUGAAGCAAUAACAGCGGUGAGUGCAGGCCCCAGUGUGAAUAACUACAUGCCAGGAUGGUUGCCAUGAUAAGAAGAGAGCAUGUAUGUCAUCCAUGGAAUGCAUGCAAUCCAUAUCUCAUAAUUAAGUGUGAAGAUUUAUCUCUUUGUAAGUAGUUUAUUUGGAGAAUCAAAACUAUGCAUUUAUAUUAAAAGUACACUCUGGACUACGGACGGACGUAACCAGAAG